ACCAGAAAUGUAGCAACAGACUGUUGAGUGAACUUGGAGUCUCUUCAGUGUCAGCGAAUGGCAUCGCCGGCUCUUUUUUCACUCUGACACUCAGCUUGUUUCCUGUACAGCCGUCAGUCGCUCUACACCAUCAACAACAUGGCUAUACGCAGAAAAGACAGCUUCCUUUGGGGGAAAGCUCCACCAAAACCCCCCCCAGGAGAGAGGGGGCAGGGUGAAGGCAUCAAGAUUCACAAGUUUGAGUUGCUGGAUGACAUUCAGAAGCUGAGAAUGGAGAUUAAUCACGUCAUGCCAGAAAUCCACAGCCCUGAACCAAAGGAGCAGAAUAAAAAUGAUGUGAGGAACAGGAGAUUCAUACGAGGGAAAAAGAAAUUCAACAUGGACCCCAAAAACGGUGUCCAUUACCUGGUUGAAAAUGACCUCCUGGAAUGGCGAGCAGAGUCGGUGGCCGAGUUUCUUUACAAAGAGGAGGGACUGAACAAGACCGCCAUCGGCAACUUCUUGGGAGAAAGGGAGGAAAUGCAUCUGCAGACACUGAAGGCGUUUGUGGGCCUGCAUGAAUUCUCAGACCUGAAUCUGGUGCAGGCACUGAGGCAGUUUCUGUGGAGCUUUCGUCUCCCGGGAGAAGCUCAGAAGAUUGACAGGAUGAUGGAGGCGUUUGCAACUCGCUACUGCGACUGUAACCCAGGGGUCUUCCAAUCCACAGACACAUGCUACAUCCUGUCUUUUUCCAUCAUCAUGCUCAACACGAGUCUCCACAACCCCAACGUGAAAGACAAGCCCAGUCUGCAGCGGUUUGUUUCCAUGAACAGAGGAAUCAACCACGGGGAGGACCUACCCACAGAGCUGCUCACGAAACUGUACGCGAGCAUCCGCAGUGAGCCGUUCAAAAUUCCAGAGGAUGAUGGGAACGACCUCACGCUGACGUUUUUUAAUCCAGACAGAGAAGGCUGGCUCCUUAAAAUCGGUGGACGAGUUAAAACCUGGAAAAGGAGGUGGUUCAUUUUGACAGACAGCUGCUUGUACUACUUUGAAUUCACCACAGAUAAAGACCCAAUUGGGAUUAUUCCUCUGGAGAAUCUGUGUGUCAGGAAGCUACAAGACACAAACAAACCGUAUUGUCUGGAGUUAUAUAACCCCAAAGGACAAAAAAUCAAAGCCUGCAAGACGGAGAACAAAGGCAGAGUGGUGCAGGGUAAACACCAGUCUUAUAAGCUCAGUGCAGCCAGUGCAGAAGAACGGGACGCCUGGAUAGGAGCGAUCAGGGCAAGCAUCACCAAAGACCCGUUUUAUGACCUGGUGUCUCUACGAAAAAGGAAGGUCAUCAGCAACACUUCCUAAUAGCAAGGAAACACAAGACAUCAGAGGAAACAACAUCCGAGUUUGGAUCCUGGACGAUGUGUUUUAUUGGAAGAAUCAUACGUGUUUUUAUGACAAAAAAAUUUCAAAAAACUGACUCGCACAGCAUUUCAAAGAAAUGUACAAAUAGGGAACUAACACCUGCUUACGUGCAAAACGAUACAAACAAUUCUAUAAGAGGCUCUGCAGUGUUAAGUCUUAACAACACUUCUGCAAUGUGCACGCACUACUGCUUCAGAGACGGGAUGCUACUGACAAACAUCUGCUGCAGCACUGCCCCCCUGGAAUCUGAUUGGCUACUUCUGGUGACCCCCAUACCAGACUCAGAAAAGUGAUAAGAAGUUGGCUUGUAAGUGUCAUGGGUGGAUUAAUGAACGGGCCUACUGGGUGCCGGCCAUUUCUUGUGGGAGAGAAAUGCUCAACAACUACAACAUGUACAACAACCACAAAGAGAUGCAAAAAAAACUGAAAAGAGAUGCAAAAUGACCCAAAAGGAGACUCAAUAUGACUAAAACAAGACUCAAAUGGACUAAAAAGAGAAGUAUAAAGAGAUGGAAAAAGACCACAAAGAGACUCAAAAUGACUGAAAUAAGACUCACCACAACAACACAAAGAGACACAAACCUAAUACAAAGGGAAAGUAUCGGUUUCAUUUAUAGUAAUUGUGUGUCUCUUUCAGUCAGGGGGUCUUGUUCCUGUGUAGGAGGGUUGGGGACCUUGUACAUGUCUGUAUCCAGGGGCCCAUUGUCUCAUAAUCUGUCAAUGACUGUAGGAUCUUUGAAGUUACAAAUAGCAAUUUUUAAUUGAUAUUAUUUCAUAUAAGAAUUAGAGGUGUGACGAGAUAUUGUCCUCACCAGAUCUCGCGAGAUUAAACGUGACGAGAUUUCUCGUCGAGGUAAAAAGUGUCUCGCGAUAUCAGUACACAAAUGUAGAGCAGCAGCCUUCAAAUUAGCAUAGAAAAUCCCCUGGCCGUUCUCCAAAGUUGACUCCGAGUUUACUUUUGCAGAGGUUCUCUGAGUGAAGA